AUGACAAAUAAACUCUUUAUAAUUUGUCUUCUUAUUGGCCUUAUGUGUGCCUAUUGCGAAUAUUAUUGGAUGCGACAUGGAUAUCGUUCACUUGCACUUGUCGCUUCAAAAUGUCCAAAACCAACAAUGGCAUCUAUUCGAACACAAGACUAUAAUCAUUAUUUAAGAAAUCAUACAACAUUUGAAUCAAUUAUAAAUUGGUUCUCAAAUAUUUUUGCAACAACAAAAGAUAAACCAGUAGUUCCGAUUGUUUGUGAAACAUUUGAAAUUCAUACUGAUCCACGUUCAACAUUUAUACUUAUUAAAACAUUUUGUUUAAUUGGUCUUACAUUUAAACUUAUUUCAAGUUUAAAAACAGUACCAACAUUAAUUCGAGCACGUAAUAGUGCUAUGAAAGAAUCAAAUUUAAUUUCAUCUAUGCCAAAAGGUGAUGGAAUAAUACAACAAACAAAAUUAUUCGAAUCAUCUAAUGGAAAAAUUGGACUUGUUACGACAAGUAUCGAUAAACGAAAUUUAUCCGUUCGAUAA